UUUUCUUCUUCAUUCCGUUCUUACACAUUAAAACAUUCGCCUCGUAUCCUCUUCAUUCCAUUUCUUUGCUUUGCUUCGAUUAUUUUUGGUGGCUGGACCUCCGCUUUUACCAACAUUCAUUAUUCAGCUUGAUUCAUUCAGAGGACGUCCGAGACUCCCAAUUCAGCCCUUCGUACUAUUUACACUUUUUCAACCAGUCAACAUGAAGUUCCUUAACAUCCUCCUCCUUGCCGCCUCGGCCUCCGCUUUGGUCCUGCCUCGUCACCACGCUGGCCAGAAGGCUAACGGUGGCAACGCGAACGGCAACAAUGCCGUAGCAAAUGCAGCAGCUGGCAACAACAAUGCCAACAACGGCAACGCAGCCAAUGCCGCUAAGGCAAACACCAACAACGCCGCUAACGCCAACGCCAACGCCAACGCCGCCAACACCAAUGCCGCCUGCAACAACAACAAUAAGCGACACCACGCCGGGCAGAAGGCAAAUGGCGGCAACAAUGCUGCUGCCGCUGCUGACAACUGCAACUAAGAACUGGCUGUCUUACACAUUAUUCGGUACUGGGAACGCGAGGAACAGGAUUAUAUAGGGGCUUGCAAUUGUGCCCACCAUGGGCCGGCCCUUGGUUGUCAACUUACGAAUGACACCGUCUCAUCAGAUUGUUGGAUAAUAGCGCAAAGUAGCAGAGUGUAUAGAAUAUGGAAUGAAAUCGGAUUAUGAGCAAAUA